AUGCCAACUGCCAUAGUUACUCGAGCAAUCAACUUUUCAGCAGCACAUCGCAUGCAUUCAAAGGCCAUGACUAAUGAAGAGAAUGUUGCACUUUAUGGUAAAUGCAACCACGUCAAUGGACAUGGUCACAACUAUCGAGUGGAAGUAUCUAUCAAAGGCAAGAUUGAUCCGAUUACCGGGAUGGUGCUUAACCUAACUGAUCUCAAAGAAUGUAUGAGUCGGAGUAUUAUGGAUACAUUGGAUCAUCGUAAUGUGGAUUUGGAUGUUCCAUAUUUCCAAGAUAAAGUCAGUACGGCAGAAAUGAUUACAGUUUAUAUAUGGGAGCAAAUGCUUAAAUAUUUACCAGUUUCCAAGACUUGUUCACUUUAUGAAGUAAAACUAUACGAGACCAACAACAACAUUGUAAUAUAUCGUGGAGAAUCGUAG